AUGGGAUGCGCGCCGUGACGCUCCUCGUGUGUUAACAGGGACUCGGGUUAGUAUGAGGCGCGAUGGCUUGGUGCGACCGUGGGGUUCAAAUGCUGCUUGCCAUGGUGGGAGCUUUCACAGCUUUCAGUCUGAUGACUAUCGCCAUAGGUACUGACUACUGGCUUUAUUCACGGGCAUAUAUCUGUAACACCACCAAUACCACUACGGACGAAACUAAGAAAACUAACGUCAAGGGCGAUCUUACACACUCUGGAUUGUGGAGAAUCUGCUGUAUAGAAGGCAUCAAUACAGGGGACUGUUACCGGAUCAACCAUUUCCCAGAUGACAAUGACUAUGACACGGACAGCUCAGAAUAUCUCCUACGCAUAGUGCGGGCCUCCAGUGUGUUUCCGAUCCUCAGCUCCAGCUUAUUGCUGCUGGGAGGGCUGUGUGUGGCAGUCGGCCGCAUCUACAGCAAGAGGAACAACAUCCUGCUCAGUGCUGGCAUCCUGUUUGUGGCUGCAGGGCUGAGCAACAUCAUCGGGAUCAUCGUCUACAUCUCCAGCAACACGGGCGACCCGGGCGACAAGAAGGGCGAGGACAAGAAGAGCUCGUACAACUACGGCUGGUCCUUCUACUUCGGCGCGCUAUCCUUCAUCGUGGCCGAGAUGGUGGCCGUGCUGGCCGUCAACAUCUACAUCGAGCGCAACAAGGAGACGCUGCGGCUGCACUCGCGCCACCACGCCCUGGCGCGCUCGGCCUCGUCCUCCUCGCCCUACUCGCGCAUCCCCAGCUUCCGCUACCGCCGACGGGCGUCCCGCGAGAGCUCGCACUCCACCGAGGCCUCGUCGUCCCGCGAGGCGUCGGUGGGGGGCGGGGGCGGCGGCGGCGGCAGCGGGAGUGCGGGUGGCACGGCGCCGCUGGGCGACAUCUCCAUGUACACGCUGACGCGCGAGCACUCGCUCAAGGCCGGCACGGACAGCACCUACAGCCCCGAGCACGACGCCGCCGGCUUCCUGCAGGUGCACAACUGCUUCCCCAACGACCUCAACGACACCAUCAACAGGCGGACCACACCCGUAUGA